AUGGCUGAGGACGACUUCAAGCAGGGCGUGUUUUCAGGCUUGCAGAUGGAGUCCCCACUGCCGGAGUGGCAAUGCCGCAGGAGGUGGCGCAACGGUUCUUUGGGAUUCGUCCACUGGGCUUGCAAGUAUGGCUAUGAGCACAGGAGGCAUGAGGGCGAGCAGCAGAUGAACAUAAGCAAUUGCACAACCUUUGUAUUCAUGAAGAGUGCCGGCGAACCGGCGCCGGCUAGCUUCGCUUCCUCGACUGUGUGUCAUGUGUGCCUACAAGAUUUUGGGGAUGAACUGGCCUUGGCCAGACAUAUAGAAGCUCCAGCCCUUCCGAUCAGCGAGGUAGCUGCCCACAGCUGCUCCACGUGUUCGAGACGGUUCCAUUCCAGCAGGGCCCUGGAUCAGCAUUCAAAAUCCUGCCAGCUGCAGCAGGUGAAGCCCUUGAAGGGCAGCGCAGGCUACAAGCUUAGUCCCAAGCAUGCCAUCCCCGAGAAAGUGGUGAGUGUGGAAGUGACAAUCGCCUCAGAGGAAGGUCUCAGACUUUCCCAGCUGGCACGCCAGAGUGAGAAGUUACGCCGCUACAUGCCUUCAAAAGCAGCAGCGAAGCGGGCGAUCGCGAAAGGUGAGCUUAUGUUGAAUGGUGAGCAGGUGGAAGAGGCGCGAAUUCUGAAGGCUGGAGACGUCGUGCUUCUGUGCUUGGACCGAGCGCAGGAAGCACUGGACGCAACGACAGCUAGGGCUCGGAGCGUGAAGAUGGUGGCGCCGAAAAGGUUGUCCGCUGGCGGUCCAGGUCCUGAAGAAGAUUCUGGCUGGAAAAUUGUUUGCUCCACCUGCCCGGAUGGAGCUGCAGUGGUGUGGAAACCUACGGGCAUGAGAAGUCUGGGAAGCCAUGCUGGAACCCUGCAGUCUUCCCUGCCUUUGGUGCCCGAAGUGGCAGCGCUGGAGGCAUCGUUGCUGCAGCCGUUAAGCCGACUGGAGAUUGGCUGCUGCGGCUUAUCUUUGGUUGGCCUGACGAGAGAGACAGUCCAGCUGUUGCAGGGCUGGCUUGCAGCUGGGCGCGUGGUACAUACCUUCCGGGCUAUGCUCCACGGGUCGCUCGGCGAGCCUGGCACAAGCCAUGUUCUGACUUCCACAGCCCCAGGCGAGAAUUGCCAGGCAGCUUCGAGUGACGAGGAAAUCGCAGAUCAAGCUCCGCCGGCAACGCAGGAGGGCGGCCACAAGGUCGUGUGCGCUGUUGUUGACGUUCAAGACGAGACCAGCGUUGUUGACCUGCGCACCACCGCCUCGUCGGGACGGUGCUGUGGUUCCUUGUGCCACUUGAUGCGACUGCAGGGAACGCCUGUUGUGGGCGACAAGCUCGCUCGCAGAGCACUACCCAGAGGAUGCCGGGACGGCGGAAACGGCAAGUUGCGGCGUUUCGAGAUGAGUGCCGACUUCAGACGUAUUUUUUACUUUCAAAGAAAGACCAAGGAAAUGAUCCCUGCAGAGCUUGGACGACGACAAGCAUGA